GAACAUUCAAACUGACUUUAACGGUCGGUUCGACUAGCUUAAACCGAACCAGAGACCCAUUCUGUCCGGUAACGUUGGCUAGCUUGACUUCUGCGUUGUUGCUUGCUGCCAGGUAGACAGUCGCGCCGACACAGGCCGUUUGAAGAAAGCAGGAAAUGCCAAGAUGCUCUUACGAGUUUCUUUUUACAACAGCACAGACCAUACUGUAAAACGCAAACCUAUCCUAUUCGUUUUCCCCCCUUUUUUUUCAGCGGUGUUUCACAAGUUUGUCGGUUUCUAUGUCAGUGACUAUCAAUGUCCUCUUCGGUCAAUAUGUCAUUGUUGAUGCUGGAGGCAAGCUAGACACAGCGGCAUCCCCAACACGCUUCUUCUUCCCUCUGACUGCCCGAGAAACUCGUCCGUGAGGCGGAGAUGCCCAGAUACUGACCUUGAAGAGAAGCCACACAGCUGUCACAUAGCAUUUUGCCGUGUGCCCAAUGUAAUUCAACUUUUUGAUAUUAAUGUCCCCGCAUGCGGCAUCUCCACCGUGAUCCUAGGAGGACAAGACCUUGGUAUGGCGCUCAGGUCAGAGGGAGGAUGGUGAAAAACUUGGGGCUUGCUGACCACUGGUUUCAGAGGCUUAUCCCGGGUUGUCAAGACAAGUGGCGACAGCUCCUCUCUGUAGUGGCUUCAUACAUAUGCACACAAAACGCACACCCUUUCGCGGACGUUUGGUGGAUGGGAGGAGGAGAAGGUGUAGAGUGGAAGGGGAGGGGGAUGGCCGACUACAGUGACACCUAUAGGAAUGGAGGUUUAAGAAACUGUCUGCAUCACUCAUAUGUUCCUGGCUGUACUGUAUCAACAUGGCUUUUCGUUAGAGGCUCGCUGCAGCAUCCAGCGCUGUCAUCUCCUGGAUUUGUGACAAGUACCCAGCAGGCAGACCUUUUGGCUCCAGGGCGAACCAUAACUCUUACCUCAUUACCAUGAAAGGUGCGCUCGCUCAGCGAUUGUGCCCAGGUCACAUCUGGCACCACCCAGAAUAGACCAGGCGGGGAGGAAACCCACUUUGAACUUCAAAGGAGCCAGUAAAAUUUGCUUGGAGGGAUCCAUGCAGGUGAGGUGAGGACAAGGACAAGAUCUGCAUCUGCCCCGUCUGUCUGUCAAUGAACCAAGUGCCUCGGUGCCGGCCACCCUCAGGUCACCUCGACCAUGACGGGCGCCAAACAAUAGAAGUCUUGACCCAAUGUCCCUCAGACAACCUGCACAAAGCAAAUAUUUGAGGCCAUUAUAUCUAAUUUAACCAGGCAGCCAUCACUGAAAAGAUCAACAGUGAAGGGUGUUGUCGGGAGACAGAAAGAGAGAAGAAAAAGUAACCCUUUCAAAGUGCACCCUGCCUGCUAUUUCUGCUGUGCUGUGGGCAGGCAGUGUCUCAUUUGGGAGUGCUCUUGGCUGACAAAAAAAAAGGACUUCCCUCUGCCCUGCCUGCCUAUCCAAAUGCCUGUGUAAAUACUGGAUAGAGAUAUCAAUUUGUCUGGGCUCUAAAAUUGCCCAACAAACAGACUGUAAGCUAUCUAUAGAAAACGUUACACCAACCGACUUGGACUCUGUGGUCUCCUGAAUUGCUACCAAUCUAUUACACCUCAAGGAAGAGUCGAGAGCUGUGUGUACAGGAAUGAGAGCUGCCACCAUUUUCUACACUUAAAUACUUUUAACACUCUCACUUGGUUUGAAAUUUUCACAGGGCCAACUGUCUCUGGGGGACACUGGAAGCUGUCAGUCAUUUGCAGUUUUGAUGUCUUUCCCAGCUCAGUGAAUCAACAUGAAGCCCCUAACACCCAUUGGAUCCCCAUCACCUUUAAGGCUCCUCAACAAGGGUCCAGACUACCUGCGCAGGCAGAUAGAUGGCGGAGGCCACGGCCGCUCAAUCAGCGCUGUGGAGAGGCUUGAGGCUGACAAAGCCAAAUAUGUCAAGAGCCAGCAGGUGAUCAACACCAAACAGGAGCCUGUACUGGUCCCCUGUGCUACACCACCACCACAGCCUCGGCGAGCUUUUGCCAUCCCAGGCAGCCUGACACCUCAUCUUUCCCCACGGUGUUCAUCCAACACCCCCUUCUCUACACUGUCUGGCUCCUUCACCUCAAGAGAUGAAAAUGAGAAUGAUGACUCCAGAAAGGAGAACCGACGGACUUCUGUUGACAUUGAGGCGCAUAACAGGAGCAAUGUGAGCAAUGUCAUGCCGCCCAACCCCAGGACUCCAGGAAAUAAGACUUUGGUAGCACCACACAGUGCCCCUGUACUCAGAAGAAGUACAGGCAAACGCAUGCUGAGGCCGGACUCCCUUGUCAUUUACAGGCAGAAGAAAGAGUGCAAGAGCCCCAGUGAUGCAGCAGUGGGAGAGAACAAUAACAUGGAAGUGAAGGGCUACAGUUUUGUCCGGCGCCUCUUCCAGGGCUCCAUGAGGGAUAAGAGUAGCGGAGGAAUCCAGAAGAUGGUGAUUGGUGAAGAGAAAGCGCCAUCACGGGAUGGAGACUCCCGCAUGUCUUGGACCAAUGACAAAGACAUUAUGGAUGGUGGACCAGGGAGCAGGAGGUCAAGUAAAACAGAUCAAGAACGCAGCCCAGGGUCAAUCCCCAGCCCCGGGUUUAGCUGUACACUUGAACGGACUAAGAAUGGAUUUACAAAUGGUACCAGUGAUGGAAUUAAAAAUGGUAUGACCAAUGGCAACCACUCAAGUAACCAUGAUGAUGAGAAUGACCCGUGGAAACGGGCGUCACCACUACCAGCACCCAGAAGGCGGUUUGGGGAGUUGCAACGCUCCAAGUCAGACCUGCGUCUGCGCUGCUCAGUAGUGUUAUCAGAGCACGAGCAUUUCUUUGACUUCUGUGGGCUGGACAUAGACAUGAUAGAGCGUCUGGGUCGAGACAAUUUCCUCUCUGGUGCCAGCUCCAUAGACACACUCUCACUGGCCCUCCGCAGUGUAAGUGGGGACGGCUGUGGUGGCUCAGAGCCCAGUGAGUUCUCCCGGCACUCAGGAGACGGGCUAUUUCAGGAGGAGCUGGCUGAGCAGCUUCCCACUGGUGUGUCAAUCAUUGAGAGAAACGCACGUGUCAUCAAGUGGCUUUACGGGUGUAAGAACGCUGCUCGAGAGGGACCCAAAGAGUCUACUGUUUAAUACAUGGACAAGGAACCAUGUGCCAUGGAGUGUAGAGUCUGAAGGUUGUGUCUUUUCUGAUAAAACAGUAAACCAGGAAGGAACUAAUCAGUGAAAUCGCCUGGUGUAAAAUGUGGUUCUGCAGCAACUUUACUCUUUGUGCAGAAAUUUGCACUAUAAACCAAAAGUCAAAGCAUUAAAUCAUGAGUGACAUUCAAUUGAUUUUCAAAAAAUAACAUUCAGAAUGGGCUGUGAUGAGGUAGCAGCAUUGCUGCAAUGCAUCAUAGAACGAAAAAAUAGGACUUGGUUGUAAUUUGAGUCACAAGCAGCAAUGUGAUUUUUCAUUUAAUUUUUGAAGGAGUGUCAUUGACAGUCAACUUAGGUUUUGUAUUGGGCACGUAGAGUUAGCAUUCCAUGGCACAUGAUUACCUUCAGUCCCUCGCUCUCCACGACUCCAAAGAAACUGUUUCUUCAAAUGAGAGGACAACAAUUGCUACUAGUUAUCUCCUGUCAAAUUGCUAUAUUGUAUUUAUAGAUCCUAUAGAAGUAUUGAAACUUUUUCUCCCAGCAAAUUGUAUUGUUAUCAGUGUAUGUGUGUGUGUGUGUGUGUGUGUGUGUGUGUGUGUGUGUGUGUGUGUGUGUAUGUAUGUGUGUGUGUGUGUGUGUGUGGCUGUAAAGUAUACAUUGCUGUCCUCUCUAUUUGUAGCUUCUUUUUAGUUAUUGACUGAACUGGAUUCAGAACUGAUCCGAAUUCAGCCCCUGUGACCCCUCACAAGGCACAUAUGUUUACUGUAUGUUAGUCAUGACACAGUGGACACAGUUUAGUGUCCUUGACACCGACACUCUCCCUUAAUGACUAAAUUGAAAUGGAAAACCA